UAGUUCGAGUAGGUUCCAGUAGAGGCGCUACGGUACGCUAUAUGCAUUUAGAAGAAAUUAGUUGCAUGUAUACUAAAGUAAAAAAGUAAAAAAAAUGUUGCAUUCCCACAUUUAUAAUUUUCAAACGGAAUAUAUAAUGUAUAAAAAAUAUUUAUACAUUCUCUUGUAUUACCUCAACAAGAAAUGAUUAUUGAUUAUUUAGCUGAUAAUUGGAGAGAAACAAUUGGCAUAAAAUAAUAUGCAAGUAUAGCCGAUAAAAUGUGCUAUUACAUGCUUCAGUGCUGUUUCCUCCGCCUCUAUUUACAAAGAUGUCAUCGUGUUAUAUCAAGAGUUAAGUUAGGAUAUGUUCUUUUCUUUUUUGGUAUGAUAACACUGUUAGAAUUUUUUGGAGUAUUCAUACAUCUAUUUGAAGUCACAUAUGAUGAAAACUUUGUAUAUCCAUAUGAAGGCAACAUACAUGAGUUUGUCGAUGCAUUGCGACGUAAUGAAAAACCUGAAGUUGAGCCUAUAAAUGAAUAUAAAUAUACGUUUUUGCUAAAUCAACCACAAAAGUGUAAAGAAGAUGCGGAUCAUACACUUCGUCUUGUAUAUAUAAUAAAGUCUGCUAUAGAAAACUUUGAGAGAAGAACCGCUAUACGUAAUUCAUGGGGAAUAGAAAAAAGAUUCUUUGAUGUGCCAGCAAAAACUAUUUUUGUUGUAGGUAUACAUCCAGAUGAUAAAGAAAUAGAAGCUAAAUUAAAGUUAGAAGCGACAAUCUAUAAAGAUAUUAUACAAGCAGAUUUUAUAGAUUCAUACUAUAAUAAUACUAUAAAAACAAUGAUGAGUUUUAAAUGGUUAGUAAAAUAUUGUCCUAAUUCAAAAUUCUACAUGUUUGUUGAUGAUGAUAUGUAUGUAUCAGUGAAAAAUGUAGCAACAUUUAUCAGGAACCCAUCUAAUUAUCCAUUUUAUUUAAUGGAAUCCAGGAAAGUAUAUAAUGCACACAAAAGAGAAAUCAAACAAUCAGAUCUAGUAGAUUAUAAGGCUGUCAAUAAUUUCAAUAAUGAAAAUGCAACAUUUAAUUUAAAAAUCAAUAAAAUGCCUUUUAAAAGUUUUACAACUCAUGAGUUCAUAAAUAAUAAUAGUCAGAAAAAUAAUGUAUAUAGCAAACAAGACGAAGAAAUUAAUGAAAAUUUUAGACAAUUGUUUAAACUAAAUACAACUAUGUUGAAUAGAACAAAACGACAGAUUUUCGAUUUUGAACUGCCAGAUGAUAUUAGGCUAUUUGCAGGAUUUGUAUUUAUGCGAUCUGCACCACAUAGACAUAAAUUUUCUAAAUGGUAUGUUUCAUUGAAAGAAUAUCCAUACCAUUUAUGGCCACCAUAUGUUACAGCUGGUGCAUAUAUUCUCUCUAAGGAAGCUCUUUUAGACUUAUAUUACACCAGUUUUUACACUAAACAUUUUAGAUUUGAUGAUAUCUUUUUAGGUUUAGUAGCUAAAAAGGCCGAUAUAUUACCAUUUCAUUGUGAAGAAUUUCAUUUUUAUAAAAAAGCUUAUACAAAAUAUAGUUACAAAUAUGUCAUAACAUCUCAUGGAUAUGAAGAUCCAAAUGAACUUCUACAAGUAUGGAAUGAGCAGAAAGCUCUUGGAAAUGCUUGAGAGUAUAAAUAUAUCAAAACAAAAAAUUUCGUAAUAUAUUCUAUCAUAUAAGUAUGAUCUUAAUCUAAAAAAACUAUGUUGUCUAAUAAUAAUUCUUUUUUUCAAAAAUAUUCUAA